AUGGCCACUAUGAUUGGAUUUCAAAAAAGCUUCAUCUCACCUAAUGUCCGCAGCUCAGCACUCUAUUUUCAUCGUUUUCAAUUUCACCACCAUUGUGGCAAAAUUGAUUUUUCAUUUUCUGUUGCCCGUGUGCAACAUUUCAAGCACAAAAAUAGCUGUUACAAGGGUGCACUUGUUGCAUGUUUGAGUAAUAAGAGGAUUUUUAGUAGCAAUGCCAGGAGCCAUGUACCUGAUAACCCUUUAAAAAGAUUUGGUAAUGGUGGUGGUAUGUUGAAAUUCACAUCUGAGGAAAAACACUUGGUUCUUCAAGCACCCAGCCUCCAGCACUGGUUUAAAAAUUGGCAGAACCUUAGGAAACAAAAGCUGACAGCUAGUACUUUUGCUGCUGCCAUUGGAUUUUGGCGUCGUCGAAGGUCUCAGCUGUGGUUGGAGAAGAUAGGUGCUAUAGAACCAUUUUCUGGAAACCUUGCCACAUGUUGGAGCAAUAUCAAAGAGGAAGAUGCACUUGAAAGAUAUAAAUUGAUAACGGGAAAUAAUGUGUUGUUUCCUGAAUUUCAGGUCUACAAUGCAAAACCAGAAGACAGUUGGCUAGCUGCUUCACCGGAUGGUAUAGUUGACAGGCUAGUAUAUGAAUUGCCUUCUCACGGUGUGCUGGAGGUAAAGUGCCCAUAUUUCGGUGGAGACAUGAGUAAAGCUUUCCCUUGGUCUCGAAUUCCUGUUCACUAUAUUCCUCAAGCUCAGGGUUUAAUGGAGAUUCUAGGAAGGGAUUGGAUGGAUUUUUAUGUUUGGACGAUUAAUGGUAGUAGUCUAUUCAGGAUACAUCGUGAUCCAGAGUAUUGGGAUAUAAUGAAAAUAGCACUUUCUGAUUUCUGGUUGAAGCAUGUCCAGCCAGCAAGAGAGUUGUAUAGUAGUGGUAUUAUAACAGAUCCCCUUUUUCAAUUAAGAUCACUAGCACCAGCCCCUAGACAUGAAUUAUGCCGGGAUAUAGUUUAUAAAAGUAAAGUCAUUGUUGAUAAUUCUAAGUUUUUGAUCCGGGAGAUACAUGGGAAAAUGAUAAACUGA